AACAAGUGCAGUGAAAUGGGCCUUUGAAAGAAUGAGAGAAAACAGCGAGUGUUUAAAGUGAGUGCCUGAUGCCUUUGUGUGAUCUGCAUGUUUCAUGAGGAAAGGUGAGAAUCGGAGAAUAUUGCUGAAGCACCAUGACUCAGGGCUACGCUGCUGCCACUAGACACACUAACUACAACAGGAAAUGCCUCCCUUUCUCACACAUUGACCUGCAAAUUACAGGACGAGAUGAAAAGAGGAAGAAAAAUUGUAAAGGAGAGAAAAGGGGGAGUGUUUGAGACACUAAAAAGGCCAGAGAGAGAGGAAAGAGGAGGGAGAAGCCAAUUCACAUUGUAUUUGUUUAGACUUGUCGCAGCGUAUCAGAAGUUUGUUGUAAGAACACCUUCCACUCAGGCCUGUCGUAUACCACUGGUAAAGGAAAGCACACUACGCUUAGAGUCAAUGUGUGUGUGUUUGUGAGCGAGCAAGAUGCCCAGAAGGACUGUGUCAGUUCCCCAUCCCAACGGGGAUCCAACUCCAAGUAAUUUGGGAGAGAAAGCCCCUCUCAAUUCAAAUGGAGACCCCCACGCUGGAGCCCCCGAGGAAAAGGUGGAACUGCGGAAGAAAGUGACCCUGCUCCGAGGAAUCUCUAUUAUCAUUGGGACGAUCAUUGGAGCAGGGAUAUUUAUCUCUCCGAAGGGAAUUCUGAAGAACUCGGGCAGCGUGGGAAUGUCACUGGUGGUGUGGAUUGCCUGUGGGAUUCUCUCUCUUUUCGGUGCUCUAUCAUAUGCUGAGCUGGGUACCUGUAUUAAAAAAUCUGGUGGCCAUUACACGUACAUUCUGGAGGCGUUUGGUCCGCAAGUGGCUUUUGUGCGUUUGUGGGUCGACAUGAUUGCCAUAAGACCUGCAGGUUUGGCUGUGAUCGCUCUGGCAUUUGGCCGCUAUAUUUUAGAGCCCAUCUUCAUGCCAUGUGGAGUUCCAGAAAUUGCCAUUAAAUUGGCCACAACAAUCGGAAUCACUAUGGUAAUGUAUCUAAACAGCAUGAGUGUUAGCUGGACUGCCAGAAUCCAGAUCUUCCUCACAUUCAGCAAGCUGCUCGCUAUGGCCAUCAUCAUCAUUCCAGGAUUAUACCAACUCUUCAAAGGCGAGACCAAAAACUUUGAAAAUGCAUUUGAAGUCAACUCCAUAGAUUUGACAGGACUUCCUCUCGCCUUCUACUCUGGGAUGUACGCCUAUGCCGGCUGGUUUUACUUGAAUUUCGUGACUGAGGAGGUGGAGAAUCCUGAGAGGACGGUGCCUCUUGCCAUCUGCAUCUCCAUGGUGAUAGUAAUGAUCUGUUAUACAAUGACAAAUGUGGCAUAUUACACGGUGAUGUCAGCAGAGGAGCUGUUAGCCUCCAGUGCCGUAGCUGUGACAUUUGCAGAGAAGCUGAUGGGAAACUUCUCAUUUGCAGUUCCGGUUUUUGUGGCUCUGUCUUGUUUUGGGUCCAUGAAUGGAUGCCUAUUUGCGAUUUCAAGAAUGUUCUUCGUGGCCUCUCGAGAAGGUCAGCUUCCUGAAGUUCUCUCUAUGAUUCACAUACGCCGACACACGCCAUUACCUGCUGUGAUUGUCCUGUAUCCGAUCACCCUACUGAUCCUCUUCUUAGGAGAUAUCUACAGUUUGUUGAACUUCAUGAGCUUCCUGCGCUGGUUGUUCAUUGGUGUGGCUGUGGUCGGCCUCAUCUACCUGCGCUACACUCGCCCUGAUAUGCCACGACCGUUUAAGGUCCCUAUUUUCAUCCCUGCUGUGUUCUCCUUCACCUGUUUCUUCAUGGUCUUCCUUUCUCUAUAUUCGGAUCCAAUUAAUACAGGGAUUGGCUUCGCCAUCUCUCUCACAGGCAUCCCUGCGUACUUCAUAUUCAUCCACUUCGAAAGAAAACCCAAAUGGUUCCAGAAAUUGUCAGACUCUGUGAACAGAUCACUACAGAUCAUCCUAGAAGUGGUUCCUGCCGAACACUGACCGUUAAUCUUUUUCUUUGCACAUGAAUGUGUUUAGAUUAUAUAGCAUCUGUUAAUACACGUAGUAUCUAGUACAGUAGUUCUCAACUGGUGGGUCACAGCCAAAAAAAGUGGUUGCAAGUGUGUUCUAAAUGUGAUGCAGAGAGAGAGAGAGAGAGAGAGAGGGAGAAAAAUCCUAAAUGCAAAUAAUAAAAUGCAACUGAAGCAAAACCAGUUGAGACCUACUGCUGACAUAUAUCCAAAAUUAAAUACAAUAUCUCUGAUGGUCUUGCCUCAGUCCCCCUCAGAACGAGACGUGACACUGUCAUUUCAACACACAAUUCAUUUCCUAAUGCUGUGAAUCACCUAACAUGACUGACAUAAAGUCCAUGCAUUUUACCGGUGAUUUAGAACAUUGGCCAACUUCCUCUUCAACUUAUUCUAUUUGCACUGCAAUAUCUUUAAACACGUCAAUGACAGACAGACGUCAUAACAAGUGUUUCCACUGAGGUGUGACUCAAGAAUGGGCUCAGCCAGGGAUUUGGACAUAAUCUUGUUCACUCUCCUCAAUGGCUGAGAUAUUAGAAAUUCUGUAACCCAGACAUGACUGUACAUGUACAAACUGAAUAAUGGCUUUGAAAGUAUGUCUAUUUUGUAGGUUCCUGUCUGACCAUUAGAAUAUCAAAUACACUACAGUGAUAUUUCUGUAUACGAUACACUGGAUAUUCUGAUAUUUUUCUUGGCUGUAAUGCUGUUUUAUUGUACCAUGCAGGAGAACUCCACAGAGCACUCAUUUAUGUUGAUUAUCACUCUAUAAUUGCUUUUAAACCCAUUAACAACUUACUUGCCCAGUCAACUUGAAAAUUAAUCUUAUUUAUGAUCAGUUUACUCCCACGUGAAUUGCCAGUAAUGAUUUUGCACAUUAACAUUGUGUGUAUUUAAAUACUGAAUCACCCAAAAACUGUAUAUCCAGCCUACUUGAUCAUGACUGGGUUUAAUUAAAUCAGUAUUAUGUUAUAAUAGUAAGACUGUUUUAGAAAGAAGUGUUUAAAACACUUUUAAAUUCACUGGACCAUUUUUGUACAGCAUAUUUUGUAAAACUAUAUUGACUACUACAGUAGAAACAACUUUUGUAACUCUAAGCUAUAAACAAACUUUGUAUGACCAUUUCUACCAAAUAAAAUAUUAUAUUUGCCUGUA